GCUAUGGCUAUGAUCGAUCUUCAAUAUUGAAAUUUUGUACUGUCAAAGGUUUCUUUCUGAGAAAAUAAAGAUUGAGAGAAUGGCCGGCGCAUCGGAAGAGGGACAAGUCAUCGGCUGCCACACCAUUGAGGCAUGGACGGAACAACUCCAAAAGGGCAAUGAUUCCAAGAAACUCAUUGUGGUGGAUUUUACUGCUUCUUGGUGUGGACCAUGCCGUUUCAUUUCUCCAUUCCUGGCUGAGCUGGCUAAGAAGUACGUAAAUGUCGUAUUUCUGAAGGUGGAUGUAGACGAAUUAAAGACUGUUGCUGAAGAUUUUGCUGUUGAGGCAAUGCCGACUUUUGUGUUUGUGAAAGAGGGAACUCUUCUGGGCAAAGUGGUGGGAGCAAAGAAGGAAGAAUUGCAGCAGACAAUAGACAAACAUGUGUCUGCAGCUAAUGCUUAAUCUUGCUUAUCUCAGCAGUUUACUUUCAGCUUUAAAGACAUUUUAUCCAUUGGUAUUUAUGUUUUAGAAUCUUGUAUUAGACUUAUCUGGUAUUUUUGCUAUUGCACUAAGUAGCUUUUUACUAUGUCAUCUCUUUCUGGAUACAAACUGGUGCUUUGCUUAAGUCUUAAAUAAUAGUGGGUGUGCUUUGUUAUAUUA